AUAAGUACUUCCGAUGUAGCAAAGGUCGGCCCCGGCAAGAUGGCGGCCCCCUUGGAACUCAGUUGCUGGGGAGGUGGCUGGGGGCUCCCAUCGGUGCACAGCGAGUCCCUGGUGGUGAUGGCUUACGCCAAAUUUUCUGGUGCACCCUUGAAAGUCAAUGUCAUAGAUAAAACCUGGAGAGGUUCAAGAGGAGAUGUACCAAUUUUGACAACGGAAGACAACAUCGUUUCUCAGCCUGCAAAAAUACUAAACUUUUUAAGAAAACAGAAAUAUAAUGCUGAUUAUGAACUCUCAGCAAAACAGGGGGCAGAUACACUGGCUUACAUUGCUCUCAUCGAAGAGAAGCUUCUUCCUGCAGUGCUUCACACAUUCUGGGUUGAGAGUGACAAUUACUUUAGUGUGACAAAGCCAUGGUUUGCUUCACGAAUUCCUUUUCCCUUGAGUUUGAUCCUGCCUGGAAGGAUAUCUAAAGGAGCACUAAAUAGAAUUCUUCUGACCAGAGGAGAGCCUCCCCUUUACCACCUCCGAGAAGUGGAAGCUCAGAUAUACAGAGAUGCCAAGGAGUGCCUAAAUCUUCUGUCAAACAGAUUGGGAACAUCUCAGUUUUUCUUUGGAGAUACGCCAUCUACCUUGGAUGCAUAUGUGUUUGGUUUCCUCGCACCUCUUUAUAAAGUACGCUUUCCUAAAGUUCAGUUACAAGAACAUUUGAAACAGCUCUCCAACCUGUGCCGCUUUUGUGAUGACAUCCUGAACAGUUAUUUUAGGCUUAGUCUUGGAGGCAUCUCUCCUGCUGGACAAGAAACGGUAGACGCAAAUCUGCAGAAACUCACACAACUUGUAAAUAAGGAAUCCAACUUGAUUGAAAAGAUGGAUGACAAUCUUCGCCAAAGCCCUCAACUUCCUCCCCGGAAACUGCCGACACUUAAAUUGACUCCAGCAGAAGAAGAAAGUAAUUCCUUACAACGGCUAUCACCCUGACACUCAUCACGCUUUGUGUCCAAAGUCAUAUGAUUGUUGCAGUCAUCUCUUACACGACAUGUGUGAAGGCAAAAAGAAAACGCCAUUAGUAGGUAUAAGGAAGGCUCUAAAAAGAAACUUUCUAUGACAUCUAGUUUCUCUUAAUUAGGAAGCUUGUAUUUUAGCUUGGCAAUGCACUUUAGAUAACAUCAGAGUGAAUGCUAAAUGAACUUGGGGGUAAAAAACCACACUGUACUGUAUAUUUAAAACAAAAAAAAAAACAAAAAAAACCCUGCCUUAAUCUUGGCAGAUUUUUGCCUUUAGUUCACAUGUUGCUGACCAAAAGCUACAAUUCUGUUCUGAAUGUGCACUCCUAUUUAUUCAAGUUAAUUUAUUAAUUUAGUUUUCUUAGAACAGUUUGAAUAUCUAAUAUGUGGCUCUUUGAGGCUUUUUUCUUCUGUUUAGAAAUUUGACGCCAAUUUUAGACAUUAGGAAAAAUGUAAUAUUCUAGUAUUCUAUUUACUUCAGUAGAAAAGCCUGUAUUUAAACAGCAACGAGGAAUGUGCUUAAUUAUGCUCUCAGAAGUGUAAUCUUUUGGGGGAUCAGUACUAUAUAUAUAUGUCUGAGAUAUAUAUAUGUAUCAAAGGUGGUUACAUACAAUAUUCAUCUGACUAUAUGCACUUCACUAGAACAUUGGUAUUUGCUGAUGUGUUCAAUAUAAGGCUAGCAAGGACUCUUUUAGUUUAUCAGACCAAUGGCAGCUUUAGACCUAUGUAUUUGUAGUACAUUUUUAACUCUAGUCCUCUCUUUCUUGGAUUAAUUUCAGGAGAACUGAGUGUGUUGGUCAUCAUUUAUUAUGUCAGGCUGUAAAGUCUUAUUGCAAUUUGCCCAAUUGUCAGACACUGCUCGCCUUCGGUAGUAGAAGGACCUACUGUGUGCCUGGACCAAGUUCACCAUGCUUGGACCAGUGUUCUUUCUUAAGAAGACUGUCACAUAGUCAAAAGCUUUAUGGCAACUUAUUAUUUUCCAUAUAGUUUAACUACAGUUUAAGGAUCUAAUGGGAUAUUCGGAAAUAGCAGUAGUUUUUAAAGAAUAUUUUCUAUUUAUUGGUUGCCGACCUGUUAAAGGAUUUGCUGUGCAGGUGAUUUUACUUAUAACAGAAUCUCUCUAAUUUUAGUGGCUGAGGUGCUUCUGUUGUCCUAAAACCACUUCUGGGGUUUUUAAAAUAUAGGAUCAUGUUUUUGAUUAGUGUCUCAAAAGAUUACUAUGGUGCUCAGCAAAUCUUAUCACGUCAUGCAGAAACCCCCAUGUUAAGAAAACAGCUUUGUAGUCAAGAGACUCACCUAAUUUGAGCUCAGUGGAGCUCAGAUGUGUUUGACCUAAAUCCUCCCAAUUUGUUCUGUAUUUAGGUAGCUGUGGAUGCAAGAGUCUUUAAGCCAUUGUAAAUAUUUUUUCUUGGAAGUUUUAAUUAAAUGAGAAACCAGGUAGUCUUCAAAAUCUUGUUCAUCUGUUUGGAUGUAUUUAGGGAAAGUAACUAAUGAGUUUCACAUUAUGUCUGCAAUGGGUUUGUGUGUUUUGUAUUAAUAUUCUAUUAGAUUCCAGCAAUCCAAAAUCUGUAUGAAUAUUCUAUACUGAAAAUCAUGACCAUAGGACUUUAUCAUCCUCUGGGAUUGAUAUAUAUUGGAAAAGGGUGGUUAACACAUUAAUCAGACAUCUGUUUAUGCUUUAGUUAGGGUUGGUCAUUUUCAAUUAUGAUUUAUAUUAAGCCUUCCAAGAAGCAUUUGAAGUGGCUUAAAAUUGUCAAACAUAAAUAAAACAGGACAAUUAAAAUUAGUUUUGGGAAAAAUAAAAAAUGGGGGAGAAGGAGCUAUACCAACCCUAACGGAUUCUAAAAUCAAACGGUAAAUUUAACUCCCAGGUUUCUCCAUGGGCACAAAAAUAAUACUGGCUUAUGUAAAGUUUUCUGUCAGUAAAACUACUAAUAUCCAUGCUAAGGAAAAUGUGUUUAAAUUUUUAUAAGAAUGUAGAGAUCGUGUUCUUAUGACACAGAAUUCAGCCAAUAAGCGUACUGCAAUGUUUCACGUGUUGAAAGUUUAAUCAAAAGAUAGCAUUUUAGAAUAACAUAUUUGUCAUUUUUUAUAGAAAAGACAGCUGUAAAUAUGAUUUACUUCCUUUUGGUCAUUCCUGCUUUGAAUUACCUUUAGCCUUGCACUACAUAGGCUAGGAUGUUUCCAGACUACCUUUCCUAAGACGCAAAAUGUGAUUUAGGUAAGUGAGUGUUUAUACGUUGGGCUACUUAGUUGAGCAUUUUUGGGAUAAGCCAACAAGAUGCCAGGAAAUUAUAACUGAGCAUAAAGCACUCCAGGGAUGAGACACACAGCUAGGAAGCUCUUAGAAAGGAACAACUUUCCAGAUUGGGCAGUGAGCUUGUGAUCAGCCUGUCAGGAUAUGCUUUGGGUAAAGUUUGAGUUUCUGAGCUAAAUGGUCCACAGUGUUUAACAAAAUACUGUGAGCUACUUUCUUUAGGACGUGAUGGUGGAAUAUGACCAAAGGGACUAUGUUUGUGUUUAUGUUUGUUGCUAGUAUAAGAUUAGAAAAUCGGUCAGAUAAUUCCCAUAAGAUAAAGAUCCUCCAUCAACAAACUGCCAUCAGUCAUCCAUAAGACUGACCAUUUCUUUGAACACUAAAGACACUGUAAAGAGCAUUGAGAAGAGUCAUUCCUUCACAGUGGUUUUUUCCCCUACAAAGAUUGGCACUGACAAAUUUCACCUUAGGUAUGUUUGUAUUAUUUUGGGGGUACUAGAGAAUUCAAGAUUUUUACAAUAAAUCCAAAGCAUUUUGAUUUGCAUUUGCAAUUUCUAUUCCUUUAAUAUUGCUAGAUUUUAACAUGAAGGAAUAAGGGAGCUUAUUUCAAUCACAGCUAAGUUACAAUUUUCAAAAGAGGCAGAAAUUGGUAACAGUGAUAGAAUCUCAGAAAACCAAUUUUUUAAGGUGCCUUCAUGUGAUAAAAGUGGUUUUUGAAGUCAGCAGUAUGUUUUCCUAGAGCCUCUUCCAAGAACAUACAUUCAUCAGGCCUAUUAGAUUUUUUGACAGUUUUCCAUAAACUGUCAAAAGUGUUAACCCUUUAAAACCAAAGUAUAAAUACUUAAAGACAAGAAGCUGAGUGAUGGAUAUACAGUCUCUGUAUUAUUUUUGGAACUUCUUAUGAGUCUAUAUUUCAAAAUAAAAGGGUUUUAAAAAAUAAAUUUAUCAUUAUCUACAUAAACUAUGAUUUAAAUCUAAUGAUUUAAACAUAGUAUUUAGUAUUCAAUUCCAAAUACAUAAUAUAAAUUAAAUAUAAUUUACUUCCUUAAGGUUAAAGAACACCUCAGGUUUGUAAUGAAUGAUUAUCUAAAGAUUUGUUUUGCCUUACCAGAAAAGAAAAAACAACAACCUAAAACCAAGAACUCCAUUUCCCUAUAAAAUAUCCUAUGAUUUUAUAUUUGUAGUAGUAUCUUCUUCCUAUGGUACCUGGGUUUACUUUUUAGGAUAAAAUACAUUUAAAAAAGUUCUUCUGUGUCUUCAUGUGGUGGUAGUGCUUUGCUUUGCCGUGUUCUCUCUAAUUAUACAGUGUGUCAAGACGUACGCUAGGACUGCGCUUUAAUGAAGAAAGUGCAGCAUGUAUCUGUUUUUUGUUCUAAGCUCAUAGGGAUUUAGUAAUUGACUUUGUCUUGGUUUGGUUAUUUAUAUAAUUGAAAUCCUGAGCAGAGCCACUGAGUAUAAUUUGGGUUUUGAUUAUGGUCUUUUGUAUAUGUUGUUGGCAUUAAGAAUUAUCUUUUGCCUUUUUUUUUCUUGUCCAGCUCUGUGGAAUUUACAUUUGCUCUUCAAUGUUUUCGUAUUUCUUAAAUAGAUUAUUAAGAAAUUUGUUGUUAAUUACAUGAACUAAAGGUUUGUAAUGCUGUUACCCUCAAAGAUUUAACUGAAGUGUCAUUAGAGCUUCAAAGGGCUGAUUUUCACAGAGAGUAAAGAUGAAGUUUUGGGUUUUUUUAAGGGUUUGCAAAAUAUUUUAGCCCCUGUUGGGAUAUAGUUAGGGUUUACUAGGAAGCCCAAAAUCUUGUUGGGAUGUUGUGUUUGCUAGAAGCCCAGGUUACCAGCCCUAGACUUAAAACCACUGCGAUUGAGGUGGAGAAGUAUUCUCAGAAUCAAAAAGCAUACAGAAAUUAUUUGUUCCAGAUGAGGAGGCCCAUGAUUGCUAAUGAGAAUUAACAUUCUUGAAUAAUGAUAUAAGAAAGGGUCACUUUGAGCUGGGGGAAUGUUAUGAUAAAAGAAUAUUCUUAGCAAAACAAAGUAGUUUCUUUAAAAAAAAAUGACAGGAAAACAAGUCUUUUUGUAUCCUGAUUGUAUUAAUUUGAAAUUAUACUGUAAGAUUUUUUAAAAACCAUCUUUCAGUUCCUUGGAAAGGAGGUGUGUUUGGCAGAUUAUAUUGUUAUUAUGUGAAUAGAGGGUUCUAUGGCCAAAUAAGUUUGGGAAAUGCUCAGUUAAGUUACUAUAGGCUUUUCUGAACCUUUGUGUGGUUUCAGUCUCCGAGAAGGGCCUGUAUUGUAGACGCUAUUUCCCUGAUUUAUUGUAUUUGGUUUCGGGGUUUUUUUGUUUUUGUUCUUUUUUUAAAGUAGGUAUCUUCUGGGAUUUGUAUUCUGAGGAAUAUACUUAGGGAAAUGCUGCCCUGGAGUGUUUUUGCUUGUUGGUGCUAAUUUCACAAAGGUUUGCUGUUGUCAGGUGCCCCUCUAGUGGGUGGUGAUAAAAAAAUGGGACGAUGGGUUAGGACUUCCUUGUAGCAUGCAGUGGGGGCGGUGCGUGGGUUUAAACAGUUUGGUUAUUCGGGCACAUGUGAGGCCCCUGGUCAGUCCCAGUCCCCAGCCCCUUGCCCUAGAAUCCCAGCUGGCUUGGAAUAGCCGUACAGAGAACUCAGCAGCUUUUAGGCGUCUCCGAGACAGAGGGAGCCAACUUGGAAUUCCAGAACAAAUUUGCAAAUCAUUUUUGGCUGUGCUUUAAAAGGGCCAGAAAGGUGAGGGGAUUAAAGUCACAUAUAAGCUGCUUAUUUUAUACAUGUAUAAAUAUACAUACAUAUAUAUGUGUAUAUAGACACACACUGUUGUAGAAAGUUUACAGUUGCUUCAGUGACAAAGCAAAAGAAAUUUAAUAUUUUCAAGUUCUAUUCUAGUACUGAAGCCAUGUUCUAAACAAGGAUUGUAUGUUUGUGUGUAGAUUUUCUCGGAUGAGGGUUUACGGUUUUCAUUAAAUUCUAGUGGUUUCUACAUCCUAAAAAAUUUAAACAUGACUAGACCUCCAAAUUUCAGGGGACUAUGUGUAUUUGAUUUCAUUUCAAAGUAUGAAACUGGAUCCCUAAUCAGGUGUAAGAAUGCCCUUUGUCUCUUCUCUGCGGUGUGUACGGUGGCAUAUUUGGAGCUUCACACUUUGGAUGUAUAUUUGAUAGAAAGCUUGCCUUUGGCCUUGAGUUGUGUAAUGGUGAACAUCCAGCCAUGUGAAGAGCAGUUGGAUCUUUGUUCAGAUUCUUUAGUUUUCCUCGUGCAGAUUCAGAGAAAUGCCUUUUCAUCGUUUACUUUACGUAUCCCAGAUUCUUGGAAAUCAAGAAAAAUGACUUGCUAGAGUUUGCAUCAGUCCUCAGCAAGUCAUGCACUAUAGAGAGGGUUGUGCUGACCACUCGUUCUUUGGACUGCAGGCUGCUUCUCUUGCAGUGCUGGUGUCUCUCAGAGCAGGAAGGCUGUACCCAGGCUUUUAUGUUAAUUGCAUAAAGAUGAGCUUUAUUCCGCUUUUGACGCGAUGUUUUAGUUUGUAUAAUAGGAAAUAACAUGUUUCCAUUUUUCUGUUCAGCUUGAAAUGGAAAUUUGAGGUGUUUCUAAUGUAACUUUGGCUUUCUAGAAGAAUGACAGCAAAGAAGAUUAAGAAAUACCUGUGUACACAUACUGGUUUUGUUCCACCAAGCCUAUCUUUGGUAAAUAUUUUAAACAUCUGUACUGGUAUACAAAUACUAUAGUUUUGUUGUAAAGUAAACAUCUUAAAAUAAGCAAUGUUGGUCAUUAUUUAAAUAUUCUAGUCAUGCCUAGUGUGAAUAUAUUUUACUCAGAGAUUAUGUAUAAAUACCCGGAAGUGGUAAUGAUGAUCAAUGUUGUAAAGAACUUAUUCUGAUAAAUAAGAAACUGGAUAUAAUGUCAAAAUAGCUAUUUUCACAAUAAAAUCUCAAAUUGCCUGAA